UUUCGGGGCCAUGAAGUAAUCGUUGUGCCAGUAGUCGUUAGUACGUUUUGGCAUUUUGUUCGUAAUACAUCUACCUCCUCGGAAAGCUGCUGUUUAGUUCCAAUAUUUUUCGAUCGACUUACAAUCCAAUCAUGACCAGCGUGUCUCGCGUUUUAGCCGCAUCAAUCAAGAUACUUUGGUUGCCAUCGCGAAGCAUUGCCACAACACCACCUGUGUUCAUAAAGCCCAGCGCAGCCGUUCAGUUCACUCAAAGUACCGCCAACCUUCGGAACGUCAGAAUGCUGCAGGAACGCAAACCUUUCACGCCGGAUUUUCUUUUCCGUCAGCUUUUUGAUGAGAAAUCGUGGACCUACACUUACCUGCUGGGCGACAUCACCACCAAGGAAGCGGUGCUCAUCGAUCCAGUGCUCGAGAGAGCACCACGUGAUGCUAAGUUAAUCCAGGAGUUGGGCCUCAAGCUUACCUACGCAUUAAAUACGCAUAUGCACGCGGACCACAUCACCGGAACCGGCUACCUGAAGCAGCUUCUGCCCGGUACCGUCAGUGUGAUUUCCGAAACCAGCGGGGCAAAGGCGGACAAAUAUCUGAAGGACAAUGAAGUGAUAAGGUUUGGUCGUUUCGAGCUGAAGGCUUUGAGUACUCCCGGCCACACUAACGGUUGCAUGACUUUUGUCGUUGAUGAACAGGGUGUAGCUUUUACCGGUGAUGCUCUGUUGAUCCGAGGUUGUGGCCGUACCGAUUUCCAAGAGGGUGAUUCGCGAACCUUGUACAGAUCGGUUCAUGAGAGAAUUCUGUCGCUUCCAGAAAACUACCGACUUUUCCCAGCUCAUGACUAUAAUGGAAACAUGGAAACUUCAGUGGCUGAGGAAAAACAGUAUAAUCCACGUUUAACCAAAGAUGUAGACACAUUUGUGGAGAUAAUGGCAAAUCUAAACUUGCCCUACCCGUCUAAGAUUGAUGUUGCUGUUCCUGCCAACCGUGAAUGUGGCCUGUACGAUAUUCCAAAGGUGUGAUAGACCCGAUUCGUUGCUCGAUAGCCUCCGACGGAGCCGUUGUUUAUUAUUAAUCAGAGCAAUAUGGCGCAAUAUAGAAGUAAUUGUACUGUAAAUGUUGCAAAAAGCCUUAGACAGGUUUGAACAUUCUCUUCGUUAUCAAAUGGUAUUCUUUAUAGUAAUAAAAGUUUUAACUGAAAUUCAA